GCGACCACAGCUGCAGCAUGAGCAAGCGCAAGGAGCCCGAGCCCGACGACGAGACGCCGGCGACGAGCAUGAACAAGCGGAAGCGCUGCCCAUACUUAGACACGGUCAAGCCGCAGCUGCUGGACUUUGACUUUGAGAAGGUCUGCUCGGUCUCGCUCUCGGCGCAGAACGCGUACGCGUGCUUGGUGUGUGGCAAGUACUUCCAGGGCCGUGGCCCCAAGACGCACGCCUACAUGCAUGCGCUGCAGAGCUUCCACCACGUCUUCAUCAACCUCUCGACCGACAAGAUCUACUGCCUGCCCGACAACUACGAGGUCAACGACCUCUCGCUCUUGCCGAUCCAGCACGCGCUGCGCCCAACGUUCACGACGGAGCAGAUCGCGCACAUGGAUGCGAACCGGAAGCUCGCCCAAGACAGCUUUGGCGUCUCGUACCUCCCGGGCUUUAUCGGCCUCAACAACCUCAAGAAGACCGACUACGUCUCGGUCGUGCUGCAUGCGCUCGCGCACGUCCCGCCGCUCCGCGACUACUUUCUCGAGCCCGCCAACUACAUGGCGGCCGUCGCCAAGACCAAAUCGAGCCUCGUCGUGCGCUUUGGCGAGAUGAUGCGCAAGAUGUGGAGUCCCCAUAACAUCAAAAACACGAUCAGUCCGCAUGAGAUUGUCCAAGAAAUCUCGGUCGCGAGCAAGAAGCGCUUCCACAUUGGUGAGCAAAAGGACGCGCUCGAGUUCCUCUCGUGGUUCCUCAACGAGCUCCAUCGCGGCGUCGGUGGCACGCGAAAGCAAGGCAGCAGCAUCAUCCACGACGUCUUCCAGGGCACGGUGCAGGUCAAGACGCUCUCGGACGGCGCCGCUGCCGGCGUCACCAAGGCCACGACGCCCUUCCUGUUUCUCUCGUUGGAUUUGCCGCCGACGCCGCUCUUCAAGGACUCGCAGGGCGGCAAUGUCAUUCCCCAAGUGCCCCUCUUUACGGUCUUGGAAAAGUUCAACGGCGAAAAGAUCACGCACGUGUUUCAAGGCGCGGUCCGGCAGCAAAAGCAGUAUACGCUCGAGACGCUGCCCCAGUACCUCAUCUUCCACAUCCACCGGUUCACGAAAAACAACUUUUUCACCGAGAAGAACCCGACGAUCGUGAACUUUCCCGUGAAGAACCUCGAAAUGAGCGACCACGUCGAGCUCGGCAUGUCGAGCGACGCGAUCGCAGCCAUGUCGAUCGGCGAGCUCAAGGCGCUCCUCGCGUCGCUCGGUGGCUCGAGCGCCGGCAUCCUCGAGCGCCAGCACUUGGUCACGAGCGUCCUCUCCAAGCUGCCGUCGACCAAGUACAACCUUGUCGCGAACGUGUGCCACGACAGCCCGCCGACCAUUGGCCAAGCGACGACCGCCGUCAACAUGGAUCCGCUCGCCGACGGCUCGUACCGCGUGCACGUGCAGAACCGGGCGACCGACCAGUGGUACGAGCUCCAGGACCUCCACGUGCAGGAAACGAUGCCGCAGCUCAUUGGCAUCUCCGAGUCGUACUUGCUCAUUUACGAGCGCCAAGCGGCCAACUAGGCGCGCAAGCGAAGGCAGCGGUAGGCUGUCUGUAUAGGUUGGCAAUAAGAACUAAUGAACAAGCGUGCACGCCAUUUGCCGC